AGGCGUAUCUCGCGAGAGUUGGUUAAGUAAUCUCUCUUUACCCCUUACCCAGCGUACUUUCUAUCGACAUAUUCGGACAGUUGUGAAGGGAACUGAUUUGUGGUACUUGCUGUCGCCUGUCAGGGAGCGUCUGUCGUGGUGGCGACAACCUGUCGGCUAGCGAGAAUAUUGCAUAGCUGAGAUACAGAACUCAUAAAUAAAAGAAAGUACACUUUUUAAACAUUGAAAAUGGGGAAGGAUUACUAUUCUGUUCUUGGAAUUGAAAAAGGAGCAUCUGAUGAAGACAUCAAGAAAGCAUACCGAAAACAAGCCCUUAAAUGGCAUCCAGACAAGAACAAAUCUCCCCAUGCUGAAGAAAAAUUCAAAGAGAUUGCAGAAGCCUAUGAGGUGCUGAGUGAUCCCAAAAAAAGAGACAUUUAUGAUCAGUUUGGAGAAGAAGGUUUGAAAGGAGGGGCUGGUGGACCAGAUGGUCAAGGGGGUACUUUCCGUUAUUCUUUUCACGGAGACCCACAUGCCACAUUUGCAGCAUUUUUUGGUGGUGCAAAUCCUUUUGAAAUGUUCUUUGGUAGAAGGAUGCCUGGUGGCCGGGACACUGAAGACAUGGAAGUGGAUGGAGAUCCAUUUGGUUCCUUUACUGCUUUUAGUAUGAAUGGAUUUCCAAGAGAAAGAAAUACAGUUGGUAAUCAACCCCGCCGUAAACAAGAUCCUCCCAUUAUUCAUGAACUGAAAGUAUCAUUGGAAGAAGUUUACCAGGGCUGCACAAAAAGAAUGCGAAUUUCCCGAAAAAGGCUCAAUCCAGAUGGUAGAAGUGUCAGAACAGAAGAUAAAAUCCUUACAAUUGAUAUUAAGAGAGGAUGGAAAGAAGGUACCAAAAUUACAUUUCCCAAAGAGGGUGAUGAAACACCCAACACCAUCCCAGCUGAUAUUGUGUUUGUUAUUAAAGAUAAGUUACAUCCUCGUUUCAAGAGAGAUGGUUCAAAUAUAAUCUAUCCUGUCAAGAUUAGCUUACGGGAGGCUUUAUGUGGCACCUCAAUCAACGUACCAACUAUAGAAGGCCGAACCAUACCUAUGACAAUAAAUGAAGUUGUAAAGCCUGGAAUGAGAAGAAGAAUUAUAGGAUAUGGUUUACCAUUUCCUAAAAAUCAUGAGCAACGAGGUGACUUAAUUAUUGAAUUCGAAGUAAUUUUCCCAGACAGUAUAGCUCCAGCCUCAAAAGAAGUACUCAGGAGAAAUCUUCCUGUAUCAUAAGAAAUGUAUUUCAUCCAACUGUUCCAAGUAGACACUGAACAUCAAGGACUUUCAGGUUUAUGCUGUAAAAGUGCAAUCUAUAACUCUUGAACUUUUGUGUGUGCAGGUAGGAAGUGAAUUAUGCAGUGUUGCAUGAGAAUAGGAGAACAAAAUACGAAAGACUUGCAGUCAAGUAUAAGGCUGAUACUACUUACUGUGUGUUGGAUCUUCCUUUACAAAACACUUUAUCCAGUAUUUUGUGUACAUGUAAUCUUGGGUAAAAAGGGAACACCUCUGUUCGUGUAUUUCUAAUGAAGUGCAUAAUUUGCAAAGCACUUUAGUUCAGAUAAUCCUGAUUAUCUGUGUGAGUUCCAGUAUUACAGUAUUAGAAUUCAUUAUAUGAAUCUAUGUAACAUUUGCAAUAUUUCUGUUGUGUAUAUACUCUAACUAUGUUACCUUGUGCACAGCAGCAGGCAAAUAAUAUCACUUAAAAUGUUUAUGAGCCCAAAGAAUAGAUGGUUCUUAUAUUAUUGUUGAAGUCUGUGAAUUCAUUUACUCCAUAUUCUGGUAACAGACACAGUGGCCUGAUAGAAAACAUAAUUCGAUGGCCUAUUGUUUUUGGCCCAGUAGAUUUCCAGAUAGAAACUAUUGUGAAAACUGCAUUAAUGUCCUUUGGAACAUAUAUGCAAAAUCUUAUGAAGUGGCAUACUUACGAAAGGUCAUCUGAAUAAUUAACCUAAUUCAUUCAAGAUUCCAAUCUUUCCCUAGUUUAGUGUUCUUGCAAAUUCUGUGAACUCUAAGUUGAAACCCUGAGACAAACUGAAGUUUUUAUGACUAUAUCAUGACUAUAUCAUGAAUUAUCUGAAGAAAAAAGAGAGCAAGGAAAUUUAAUUUUUCCAAAAAAGUACAUGUCCGGUUAGUAUUCUUGAGCCGCAGAUGAACAGUAUUAAAAAUAUGGACGGCAUGUGUCUUGUAAUAUGGUGCAAAAUGGUAACAUUUAUAAAAUUAUCUUUGUUUACAAUAAAGAUUUACUUUAUUCAAUAAAAAUGUGCUAGAUAGCACCAUGAAGUGAGAGGAUGAUUAAGUAGAAAGUUAAUAAUGAUACCAGUUUUGUAAAACUAGCACAUUAACAUCCAAAACAGCUGCAGUAAUUGAUAGUGGGAGGAUACACUUUAAAAAUGACUCAAGUGAAUGCAAAUUUUUUUAUAGGAUUUAGUACAAAGGCUGUAAACUGACAAGAUGUGCAAUCUUAAGCUACAGCUCUGGAAAGCAUUUGAAAAUGGUAUUUCACAAAGCACAUUAAAAUGAAUGAAGAAUCAGUCUUCAAAGUAUUAAAACAGCUGUGUUCUUUGCAAAUCUCACAUAACUACUUCAGAAGCUCUUCCCAGUUGUCUGCACACGCACGCACUGUCACUGUUUCUGUUGGGGUACCUGCAUGUGGAGUAAAAAGACUGCUUUCAAACCUACUGCAUGAGCCUUGCAAAGGACAUGAUUGCUGAAUGUUUUGAAGAGAGAUGCUCUGUUCGUGCUAACGUGCUCUGCAAAGCAUCUCUUUUGAACACUGUAUACAUCCCUUUCUGAAACUAGAGAGAAUCCAUAAAGCAAGUUUUAAUGACACUAGAAAUGACAAAUAGUAAACUACUGCUUUUUCUUUACGCAUAUGGUAAAUGCAUUUAAAUAUACUUUAUGAUAAUGUAUUGCAUUUCAUAUUUUUUAAAAAUUAAACUAUUAUUUCUAACUUUUUUUCCUUCAGUUGUCAAUUUGAUGCAUGAGAGCAAAUGAAAAUUUUAUUUAACGUUUGAGACAUAACAUGAACAUGCAAUACUAAAAUCAUGAUGCUGUUAUUAAGAGUAAAUGCCAAUGAAACCUAUGCCAUUAACAAGAUAGGAAAGUUCUAGGUUGUGUAUUAAAUGACUGGGUUUAUUCAUUAUGCUAAAAUAUGACAGUUUUUAA